GUAAUUUACAUUUUCCAAGUCUGAAGUUCCCUCGUUUUAUCCGUACAGCAUUCGGUAAAGUAAAAUUACGAUUGAAUAUUUGAUUUUGCUCAUAUUUUCUCAAUAAGAUUGUGCCUAGUAACGACAUAAGUGUAUACGAUUAAAAUUAGUGGUAAUGAAAAAAAAAUAAGUUGAAGAAAUGGGCGGAGUUUGCGCCUGUUGAAAUAUAGGAGGUAAAAGAUUUUGGUUUGUUUCUACGACAGUUGAUUCUGAUUUGAAUCGUUAUGAAUAGUGCUUCGAUGAAUCAGUUCCGAGAUAUUUUUGUAUAAGUUUGCUGAAACUUUUGAGGUUCGUAAAACAGGUUAAGCGAAUACGAUUAGGAAAAGCGGCGAAAUCGCAUUGUAAGUGGAUGCGCACGCGGACAAUAACAGGAGAGAGCGAACGAGAUAGACAGAUCAGAAGGAGAAAGAAAGGAAUGAAUCGAACGUUCUGAUUGGUCGAGGCGGCUGUUAUGGCCGCCGAUUGGUUCACGUACGCACGCACACCAAGUAUUGCGACGUACAUGAACGCACGAACACGCGGACGUUUCAGGAGCGUAGCUGUCGCUCGCGGCCGAGAAGAGUGAAAAGAGCGACAGAAACGGUCGGUCCGCGCGUUGCCUUGUAAGGCGGAGAGUUGGUGUGUGACGUCCGUGCGCGGAUGGCUCGAAGAACGCCGAUUUUCCUCAGCUUCUACGAGUAUCCUUACCGAGCCGAGGAAAAGAUCCAGUGAAAGGAGAGUGCGGGCCUGACGCGACGGCGACCGUCGACAUAACCGCGUAUACGUAAAAUCCGACAAUCCGUCAAGUUUAAAAGCUGCCGAAGGCACCAUUUUCAUCAUCCCCCUGUAGUGUGUAUACCAACUAGAAAAUCGCUUAUUAAAUGCAACGCGAGUGUUCCUGAGCAACCGAGAAAUACGAGGAGUGUGAGAGGGAAAACGUACGAAAGGGAAGCAAACAGAAGUAAAAAGGAUAACGAAGGGCAUCGAGAAAGGGAAAGAGAGAAAAACGAGAGAAAGAGAAAGAGCAAAGCGGACGAGUGAGACGGAAAGAGAGACCGAGAAAGAGAAGCGAAAGCAAGUUAAAACGCCAAACGAUACGUAAGAGACAAAGGCCACGGCGGCAUAACCUCCAAGCGGAUCGUGCCGCGCGUUACGAGCAUCUCUUAUCCUCGUAGAUCACGUUUGUUUUUUCAAAGAGUUCGGUAUAUUGUUUACAAGAGAUUAUAUUUUUGCAAGUGCAUGCCUGUCCGGGGCUUCCAUACGAAGUGUCGCAUGAACGAAACAGAGAGAGAAAGAGCACGUGCAUGAGAACACAUACAUAUUUUCUUCGAGGUAUAUACAGAAAUCGUCGUUAAAGUGAAAGAGCGGGACGACGGUUGUUUGUACAGUCGUGUUUUUUGCGCGACACCUGGUAUACGAUACACGUCCGCGAGUGUUGUGUUAACAAAUUCACUCCUGCGACGGAAAUAAAAAGAGACCACGAGAAAAACGGCGGAUAAUAUUCUUAGUGCUGCAGUCUACGGUUGAUGGAUGAAACUGGCAGGAUGCUGCAACACGGAGGAUCAGGUGUUGGUCUGAUGGGAGGGAAUCAGGGCCAGGGGGCCCAAAAUACCGCCGGAUACGGUAGCAUGGGACCCGUAGAUGGAACUGCGACACAAGGUCCGGACCAGGCCGUCGAGGCCAGAAAACAGGACAUCAGUGAAAUUUUACAACAAAUUAUGAACAUCACCGAUCAAAGUUUGGACGAAGCGCAGGCGAGAAAACAUACGCUGAAUUGCCACAGAAUGAAGCCAGCCCUAUUUUCGGUUCUUUGUGAAAUCAAGGAGAAAACAGUGCUGUCGUUACGGAACACUCAAGAAGAGGAACCACCGGAUCCACAACUAAUGAGGCUGGACAACAUGUUGAUCGCAGAGGGUGUCGCCGGACCGGAGAAGGGUGGCGGUGCGGGUGCGGCAGCGUCCGCGUCCGCGGCUGCAGCGGCUGGUCCACCUGGACAACCUGACAAUGCUAUCGAGCAUUCAGAUUAUAGAGCCAAGCUCGCGCAGAUCAGGCAGAUCUACCAUCAAGAGUUGGAGAAAUACGAACAGGCGUGCAACGAAUUCACCACCCACGUGAUGAAUUUACUAAGGGAACAAAGUCGUACCAGGCCGAUUACACCGAAGGAGAUCGAGAGGAUGGUUCAGAUAAUUCACAAAAAGUUCUCGAGCAUUCAGAUGCAAUUGAAGCAAUCCACCUGCGAGGCCGUGAUGAUUCUUAGGAGUCGAUUCCUUGACGCGAGGCGUAAAAGACGAAACUUCAGCAAACAAGCCUCCGAAAUCCUGAACGAGUACUUUUAUUCGCACCUCAGUAAUCCUUAUCCGAGCGAAGAGGCCAAGGAAGAGCUCGCGCGAAAAUGCGGAAUCACCGUGAGUCAGGUUUCCAAUUGGUUCGGCAACAAGAGGAUACGCUACAAGAAAAACAUAGGUAAAGCACAGGAGGAGGCGAACUUGUACGCAGCCAAAAAGGCAGCUGCAGCUUUUGCAGGAGCAUCGCCGUACAGUAUGGGUGGUGCCAGCCAGGGCACACCGACGCCGAUGAUGUCGCCAGCGCCUCCUGGUGGGCCGCAAGACAUGGCCGGAUACGGGAUGGGUAUAAACGGUAGCGAUUAUGGCUCGCAACCGUACAACGACGGCUCGAUGGGUUACGACCCGAUGCACCAGGGCAAGGCAUUGGCUGGGGGGCCAGGCGCGGCGGGAUGGAUGCAACAACGCGAAGCGGUACCGGAAUUUCCGCCGCUCCACGAUUCAGCGGACUCUGAUUCCGACCGAGAAAAUGAGAAACGACCGCGUGUCUAAAAUUACUGUUUGCAAUGAGUGAAAUAGAGUAUGAUAACGAAAUCUAACGAGAGAAAGAGAGAGAGAGAGUGAGAGAGAAAGCGACAAAAUCACUCAUUAAAGAUACAAAGCGGAGAGUGUACUUUAGAAACAUAUACAUACACACCUUCGACGAGACACGAUUCACCAAUGGAGAAUAACGUUCGUUGAUAAUUGUAACGUUAGUUUCCGAUUUCGAAGCGUUUUUUCUCUUUUUCUUGUUCGAGAGAGAAGAAUAUCCGCGUCAAAGAUGCGAGAAAUCUGGUGAAAUUCAAGUAAAUGAUCAAAUUUCUCCUAACGCGCGGCUGGAAAAGUUUCGAGUACUUCUAUUCGCAUCUUUGAUCGCGUCAUCCUUCGAUCUUGAUACUUUGAUCUUGCCUUAUCGAGUGACUAUGCGCAGACAUCCACGUUACGUGUAUUUGCACACAGAGGAUUUAAAAAUAAAGCGACAGAGGGUUGGAAGAAAGAAAGGGUUGGAAUGAGAGAGAGGGAGAGCGAGAGAAAGAGUGCGUGUAUGGAAAGGAUGGUAAUUGAUAGGGCAAAUCGUGGAUUUCUAUAUGAACAUAGGUUCGCUUCUGUUAAGACAAUAUACGGCGAUGUACCGACGCCUGGCUAAGGAGAGAAAGGGUGAGAGCGUAUACAAUUAAUUAGUUCAUUUAUUUUUUUUUUUUUAGUUUACGUAUGCUAUAUAUACACACGUACACAACCGAGACGUGGUAAGAUCCAAAAGCUUGAGGUAUAUAUAUAUAUGAUUUAUAAAAGUACAUUUUUAACUCCAUUGAUCUAAACAGUCGCUCGAAAAUAAUGAAACAAUUAUUGGACCUUACCACGUGCACACGUAAAUAGAAAUUAGCUUGUACAGAUACUUUUAUCUUUACUUUCCCAUCCGGAAUUUUUCUCGGGACUUUUGUUUUUAUACACUCAACUUGAUUUUGCAAACAUCACGAUAUCCUUCCACUUGUACUUGCGUAGCGUAAUUUUUAUAUGCUGGGUUAGGAUUUGAAGGAUCCAAAUGUUAAAUACAUUUUAUUAUUUUUUAAUAUCUUGACGAUGAGGUACCUCUGUAAAAAAGUUUUACUGUUUUUUUAAAAAUCGUUAGGCAGCAUUAGCGCUUUUAAGCGAUUCUUUUUAAUCUGAUCCCAGCACCGUAUAUGGUGUAAUGCAAGCUCGAAUGUUUCCUUUCGUUCGAUUAUGGUUUAAGUUCCGAGUUUUAAGCUUCAAAUUGAUAUUUUCUGCGACUAAGAUUGCGUUUUCCCAGAAACGUAUUUUUGCGUGCUAACUUUUCUUUCGUUUCGGUUUUUGACGCGAGGACACCAUCAUUUUUUUUUGCAACGAAAAAAAGGAAUUAUACGACAGCUGUGCUGUAUUAAUAAAUAUCGAGAUGUUCGUUCUACCAUUUAUCAAGGUGUCCUCGUUGCGAAAUGCUCUCCUGGUAGUCAUCAUUAUUCUUUGUGUUACGUUGGAAAAUUGUAUGCAUGAUUGUACCCACGAGCGAAUCGAGAAAAAAGAAAGAAAGUCAAAAGACGUUUCCCCGUCGUUUUUUCUUUCAUUUUUGUAAACAAGCGUUUCAGCACGAGAUCUUAUUAAAAUUCCUUCCUCCUUACGCCAUUUUUUUUUUCUCUUGUUUCUCUUGAUUUCAUUUACCCGACACACACGCAGCGUCGAAUCCAGAAUACUCGGUAAAAAUGUUCGUCAAACAUAUAUGUAUACAAAACAUGGAAUGUCUGUGUGAGAAAUUAAAGUUUGUCAUUUUCUUAAGCAUAGUAGAAAUUCUAAUUAUUCAAAUUCGCAACUGGAUUCGACACUGGAAGUAUACGAUUGCGCCUGUCUACCCUUAGUUGGUCGUACGUACUUAGGUACAUAUGUAUUGUGUAUACGUUAUAUACAUGUGUAUAAAGAUCUCUAUAUUCUGUACUUUCGUAUAUCUCUGUAUCACUUUCGUAUAUACCAGCAUCACGAUGAUAACUUGCUAGCAAAAAAAAAAAAAAAAAAAAUAUAUAGAACCGAGCAGAGGAACGUAAGGAUCGUGUUGCGACCAAGUUUUCGACCGUACGCGUGCAUGAGAAUAGUCGGCAAGAAAAGAUAUUUCCUAAAGAUAAUGAAAAAAAAAAGUAAAAGACUUAGAUGUUUGAUUUUCUUGAAAAAUUUAGAAAAAUUUGAAGUUAACUAGAAAGAAAAAUUGUCUUUUUUACGCGCGACUAUCCUGAUAUCACGUUUGCGUACACGGCCGGUACUGUUUGCUUUCAGGAGCUGUCGCCUUGAAAUACUUAGAGGAAUCGCUAAACGAAGAAAUGCAAAACGAGAACGAAUAAUAGGAUUUGUAGGAAAAAUGCAAUUAAAUGUAUAAUGUAAGAAUGACGAUGUAUCCGUGAACAGAAUGCUCUCGCGCGAUCCGAUCACCUCACUAUCUGUGAUCCGAGGCUCGCCCCUAAAAACGGCGGGUAAUACGAACUUAUAAAUCGAUAUUAAGCUAUUAAUGUUAUGUAAUACGUUCAUCCGGCGAAGAAGCGUUCACGUGUUCUCAAACGACGCGCAAAGAUAAUCGACAAACAAAUUACGAAGGAUUUUUACUCUAUCAAUUUGUUGAAGAUAUCUGACUUGCCGAUUGAGCGUCAACGAUCGACUGCCAUAUUGCGCCAAACUACCUCUUGCCUUACACAACCGCACACGUGCUUCAUUUUUCCAAAUUCUAAUUGAUAAUAGUUCAAUUCCUAGGCAAAGAAAAAUGUUUAAUUAUCAUUCAUAACUCUAAUCAUAAAUUUAACAGAGACAGUUUGAGAUAAAAAGAUCAUAAAUAAGGCAAGGGGUUGAACGGAAGGGCAGUUGUUUUUGUCCGUGGAAAAUGAAAGAAACAACUUCCUUUCUUCUUAUCAAUCUCGAUCUUCUCUUUCUCUCUUUUAAUUCGACGUUGUUCGAUAAUCAAGCGUGAACGCUUCUAUGCAUCGACACCCUCUUUCCCUCUCAGAGCGACCCAUCGAAACGAAAAGACAGUAAGAAUUAAAAUGGAAAAAAAAAUAAACAAGAAAGAAACGAUAAACGAGUAAUGGAACGAACGGAAAACGGAAUAGUAACGAAGCAAUGGUCCUGCGACACAACACUAAUGUAUACGAUUUUUCAACAUGAAAAUAUGAUAUAUUGUAGCUAUACGUAUAGAAGUAUAUAAAAAGAAGAGAAUAGUACAUAGGCAAAAAAAAAGUGUAAUGGCUAAGAAGUACAUCAUUGUAACGACGAUGCUAAUUAGUAAAACGAAAUUUAUUUUAUUAUUACUAUUAUGGUCGCUAAAUAUUAUUACUACCGCUAUUACUAUCUCUGUUAUUAUUAUUAUUGAUAUUAAUAUUUGCGGUUAUCGCAAUUGCAAUUGUAUUAUUAACGAUCACAUGAACAGCGAUUUUAUUGAUACUUUAUGGAUUAUUAAAAUUUAUUAUCGCGCCCGUUUGUUGGACGUAUGUUUUUUAAGCUGAACGAACAAGAAUCGAUGAUAAGCAUCAAUCUUAGAUGAUUUCUAUCGAUUUAUUAAUACCAAUUGAUGGUCGACGAUUUUUGCUCGUGACGAAUUUUGCGGCUCGACGAUUUAUUACUUAGCACGUAGGGGAGGAAGUGAAAACGAAAAAAAAAAAAGAUAUCCAUUUAUUGUAUAAACGAAAGCGAGGCGAAGGUGAGAAUUAUACGAGUAUCCUCCAAGACGAUUAGGUGGUUAAUAUUCUGUUGUUAAAUAAUAUGUCGCGGGUGGAAUUACGGGCUGAAGAUCGACCAUUGAGAAUUAAAUAUUAAUCUUUUAAUUAUCAAUUUUCUACCGUACUAAAUGUGUCACGUUUUAUGAUUUAAUUAAUUAGCAAAAUAACGAUCGUCGAACCAAAUUUCAAAACGAUUUCCUUUGUUCCCAUCGAGUGGAUAAACUUUGGAAAAUUUGUGUCUCAAAAUUCAAUCUUCAGCCAAUUUUUUCGCCAACCAUGCGACCAGUACAAGUGCAUUUGGCACAGCUAGUAUACGACAAAAAAAACGCCUAAGGUUCAGUGUGAGAGCGGCUUUAGGCGUCCCUUAUAAAGCUCUACGUAACAUUUAAUAAAA